GUUCAAAACAAAUAUAUCCCUUAUUGGUUGCAAGUUUUCCAGAUCAAUAUAUUCAUAAAAGGGAUCUUUACAAUGCAAUUCAAAGGUUUAAAACCCUAUUUACUAACCGACAUAGAGAUGCACAAAAUAUGAUCAAUAUGUUACUUAAUUUAAAAGAUCAAGAACCUGGAUGGAUCAUUCACAUAAGAAUUGAUCCUUUUGAUAACUGA